GAUAGAAGAGGUGCGAGCGUAUGCGGUGCGAGUGAGACGAGAGUUUAUUUUUAGAAACGAUACACGCAGGCAGAAUUGAAUCGGGCACAUUUUCCACUUGGCAGUCGGAAGACACGCACCGAGCAAAGCUGGAGAAACUGAGGAAACCGACGUUUUUCUAGGACGGAUUUUCUGUGUUUACAGUACAUGUUACUGUAACGACUUUGGCGCGACUCAGGACAUCCCGAAGACGAAAAUAAGCUAAAGGAAUAAUGAUGCAGCAGCAGCAGCAGCAGCAACCGAUGGCGGCGAUGGAGGUUGGAAGUGGUGAGGAUGGAGGCGGAGGCGGCGGCGUUGUGGUGGGCAGCAGCGGAAUCGCGGCUUACGAGCAACCGUCCGUCCGCAGCUACGACGAUCUCUUCCCGGCACUUCCCGAAUCCGCUCAAUCGCAGGGCGGUGCAGGAGGCGGCGGAAACGGCAUGCUCGGUGGAGGCGCGGGCGGUUGGAACGCGGCCACCAGGAGUCUGCGUGUCGGCACCUCCGUGAUCACGCAGGUGUUCCGUGUGCCGUUCGCCGAACGCAAGCUCGACAACAGCGACAAGUUCGGCGAGGGCGAAAGUCUUCACUCGUGCGGUAACAUUAUGAAGGAGACCGGCGCUCACAUCGAGAUCUCCGCCGGCAAGGACCAAUCGUUGACGUUCCUCGUCAGCGGCAAGCAUAACGAGGUGCUCGAGGCGCGUCGCAAGAUCCUCUCCAACUUCCAGACGCAGGCGUCCAAGAACGUAUCGAUACCGAAGGAGCACCACCGUUGGAUCCUCGGCAAGAAGGGCGACAAGCUGAAGGAACUCGAAAAACUGACUGCAACCAAAAUUACCGUUCCGUCGAUGAACGAUCCAUCGGAGAACAUCGUCAUCGUCGGUCCGAAGGAGGGCAUCGAGAAGGCGGAACACGAGAUCCGCGUCACCUCAGAUGAGCAGUCGAAGAAGGCGUUCGAACGUGUGGACGUGCCCAAGAUAUUCCAUCCGUUCGUCGUGGGCGCUUUCGGUGAGAAUCUGGCGGCGAUGAUCGCCGAGACCGGGGCUCGCAUCAACGUGCCGCCUCAGUCGGUGAUGAAGGACGAGAUAGUCAUCGCCGGAGACAAGGACGGUGUCGCUAUGGCGAAGGCCAAGAUCGAGGCGAUCCACGAAAAGAUGAAGAAAUGCUGCAACACGGUGCAGGUCGAGGUACCCAAGUCUCAGCACAAGUACGUGAUCGGGCCGCGCGGUUCGACCAUUGCCGAGAUAUUGAGGGAGACCGGUGUGAGUGUCGAGAUGCCGCCGAGCGACUCUGCGACCGACACGAUUACCCUCCGUGGACCGCACGAUCGACUCGGACCUGCACUCGGCAAGGUCUACGAAAAGGCCAACUCGGUGAGAUCGACGGACGUGCAGGCACCCUCCUGGAUCCACAAGUACAUCAUCGGACGCAAGGGGGCGAGCAUCAAGGAGAUCACGCAGAACUAUGCGAAGGUGCACGUCGAGUUCAACGAUAAGGAGAGCAAGAUCAAGAUCGAGGGACCGCCCGAGGAAGUGGAGAAGGUGCACGAACGGAUCGACCAGAUCGCCCGCGAUUACGUCGCCCGUUACACCUUCACCGAAAUGAAGGUCGACCAGAAGUUCUACAAGCACAUCAUCGGCAAGUCCGGCGUCAACGUGAAUCGCAUCAAGGACGAGGCAGGCGUGGCCAUCAACAUCGAGGAGAGCGGCCAGAUACGUAUCGAGGGGGUACGCGAGGGCGUCGAGAAGGCUCAACUGGAACUCGAGGAACUCGUCUGUAAGUUGGAGAAUGAGAAGGAGCGUGACGUGAUCAUCGAUCAGCGACACUAUCGCAGCAUCAUUGGAACACGAGGCGAGAACAUCAAGGAGAUUCGCGAACGCUUCAACCAGGUGCAGAUCAGCUUCCCUGGACCGAACGACAAGCGCGACGUCGUCAAGAUCAGAGGUCUGAAGAACGACGUCGAUCAGUGCUACCGACACAUGCAGAAGGUGGUGAAGGAGCUGAACGAGUCCUCGUUUCAGAUAGAGGUGCCCAUCUUCAAACAGUUCCACAAGUUCAUCAUCGGCAAGGGCGGCGCCAACAUCCGCAAGAUCCGCGAGGAAACGCAGACGAAGAUCGAUCUGCCCGCCGAGGGUGACACCAACGACGUGAUCACGAUCACCGGUAAGAAGGAGAACGUGGAGGAGGCGCGCGAAAAGAUCCGCAAGAUCCAGGACGAACUCGAGACGAUCGUCACCGAGGAGAUCGUCAUCGAUCCGAAAUUCUACAACUCUCUGAUCGGAUCGCGCGGCAAGCUGAUCCACUCGAUUAUGGAGGAUUGCGGCGGCGUCGCGAUCAAAUUCCCGAGUGCGGAGAGCCGCAGCGACAAGGUUACGAUUCGCGGACCCAAGGAGGACGUGGACAGGGCGAAGCAGCAACUCCUCGAUCUGGCGAGCGAACGUCAGCUGAGCAGCUACACGGCGGAGGUGCGCGCCAAGGCGCAACACCACAAAUUCCUGAUCGGCAAAAGCGGCGCGAACAUCAAGAAGCUUCGCGACGCGACCGGAGCGCGUAUCGUCUUCCCGUCCGGACAGGACGAGGAUCGCGAACUGAUCACGAUCAUCGGAAAGAAGGAGGCGGUGCUGCAGGCGAAGGAACAACUGGAGGCGACGAUCCGCGAAAUAGACAACAUCACCGAGAGCGAGAUCACCGUUGAUCCGAAACACCACAAGUACUUUGUUGCGAGACGCGGCGAGAUCCUGCAUCGCAUCAGCGACGAGUGCGGCGGCGUCACCAUAUCGUUCCCCAGGUCCGGAGUGCAGGGCGACAAGGUGGUGCUGAAGGGUGCCAAGGAUUGCAUCGAGGCGACGAAGUUGCGCAUUCUCGAGCACAUCGCCGACCUCGAGUCGAUGGUCACCCUCGAAUGCAUCAUUCCGCAGCAGGUGCAUCGCACCGUGAUGGGCGCGAAAGGCUACAAGGUGCAAGGCAUAGUCGCGCAGUUUGACGUGCAAAUCAAGUUCCCCGACAAGAGCAACACGGACGAGUACACGCAGCAACUGCAGCAGCAGCAGCAGCAAUCCGAGAACGAGCAGCAGAUGAACGGCGAUUGCGGCGAACCGGAGGACGCGGUUGUGGUAAGGCAGUGCGACGUGAUCCGCAUCACCGGCAAGGAGGAGAACUGCAGGGCGGCUAGACAGGCUCUGCUCGAUCUCCGACCCAUCACCAUCGAUGUGCAGGUGCCGUUCGACUUACAUCGAUCGAUCAUCGGGAAGAACGGACGCGACGUCAAGGAACUGAUGGACGCGCACGACGUACACAUCGUUCUAUCACCAGCCGAUCAAGAGGAGGAUCGCAUCAAGAUCACCGGGACCCCGCAAAACACGGAGAACGCGCGCGAAGCCGUCCUCGCGAAGGUCGCCGAGAUCGAGAUCGAUCGCAAGGAGCGCAAACUCAAGUCGUUCGCUCUGCAGAUGGAGGUCAACCCGGACUUCCAUCCGAAGAUCAUCGGUAAGCGCGGUGCCGUCAUCACGAAGAUUCGCGCCGAUCACGACGUGCAGAUCACCUUCCCGAAACGCGGCGAUCCCGAGGAGCACAUCAUCAAGAUCACCGGGUACGAGGAGAAUACUUACCGCGCCCGUGACGACAUCAUGAAGAUCGUCAACGAGUUGAACGACCUCGUCAAGGAGGAGGUGAACAUCGACCCGCGCGUACACUCGCGCCUCAUAGGAACGCGCGGUCGCAGCAUCCGCAAGAUCAUGGACGACUUCAAGGUGGACAUCAAGUUCCCGCGCAGCGAGGACGCCAAUCCCAGUCUGGUUAUCAUCACCGGACCCGAGGAGAACGUGCUCGAAGCCAAGGACCAUUUGCUCAAUCUGGAAGAGGAAUAUAUGCAGGACGUGUCCGAGCAGGAGAUGCUGAACAUCUACCGCGCCCCACCGAGCAGCCAGGGUGGUGACAAUCAGCACAGAGGCGGUGGACGUGACAGCAACGGUUUCGUGGUGGCAGGUGGACCAUGGGAGCAGCAGGCCCCGAACACCGACAGUGUCACCGAAUUCCCCUCGUUCGGAGGCCGUCCCAGCGAGCCGCCCCAGGUCUCCCCGAUCGCAGGCGCUUGGGGUAACAGACGCUAAACAAACGACAAAUAAAUAAUAAUAAAAAACAACAACAACAACAACUGGGCAUCAAAAAACAACAACAUUAUUGAUUAAUCAUUUUUAUAUCCGCCGUCUUUGCGCAGUCUGAAUAUUUUCCAAUGACCCGAUUUCAAUUUCAAUUUACUUAUUAUAAUUAUUAUUAUUUUGUUGGUAAUCUUUUCGUCAUUUUGAGAAAGAAAAUUAAACACGAGAUAAAUACGACGACGAACACUGCCAAUUUGUUACACACCGCGUGCGGCCGAACUUGGUGCUCCAAUUAAUUUAGAAACAAAGAGAAAAAGAAAAAAAAAUAGUAAUUCUUAUAAGAAGAAGGGAGGAGAAGUUAAUAAACAAAUGCUGCAAAAAAAAAGAA